GUGAAUUGGGGGGAGGGUGUCAUUUUCAUUUUGCUGUUGGUUGGGACCAUUGAAGAUCAUGCAGUGCGACGAACUUAUUUGGAAGACGAUUGCCUUUGAGUUUUGUUCCUUCAAAGUCAAGACACCAACCCAAAACUUUUGCCGCAACGAAAACAAUGUAACGGGCCUCUGCAACCGACAGUCGUGCCCACUGGCCAACAGCCGGUACGCAACGAUCCGCGAACACAAUGGGAUUCUCUAUCUGUACAUUAAGACAAUAGAGCGCGCCCACACACCGGCCAAACAAUGGGAAAAAAUCCGGUUGUCGAAAUCUUACACGGAAGCAUUGGCCCAAAUCGAUAAAGAACUCGUACAUUGGCCGUCAUUUACGAUCCACAAAUGUAAACAACGUCUAACAAAAAUAACGCAAUACCUAAUCCGAAUGCGUAAACUGGUGCUCAAACCACGAGCCAAACUGAUUGGAAUCAAUAAAAAGAUUGAGCGGCGGGAAACACGAAAGGAAGCCAAAGCGGAAGCGGCAGCACGAUUGGAAACUGCUAUUGAAAAAGAGUUGUUGGAGCGGUUGCGUAAGGGGGUUUAUGGGGAUAUUGUGAAUGAGCGUCAGACGGCUUUUGUGGGUGCUUUGGAUCGGUUGGCUGAGGAAGGGGAGGUUGAGGUGGAUGAAGAGGAGGAGCAAAUUGAUGAAGAAUUGGAAGAAGAAGAAGAAGAAGAAGAGUUGGAUAGAGAGUUUGUGAGUGAUGUUAGUGAUGAUGAAUGGGAUUUGGAGGAUGGAGUUGAGGGAGCCGGGUACGAGUCUGAUGAUGGAUCUGAAUCGUCGUCGUCGUCGUCAACAACAAGAGAAGAAGCGGGUUCACGGGGCAAGAAGCGAAAAGCGUCCUCGACGCGACCGGAUCGAAAACGCCCCCAUAUGGAGAUUGAAUACGAGACGGAACCGCCUGCACAGCAAACUGUUUCUUGGUAAUACCUGUAUAUUUUUAUUAUAUAAUCGUGUGUUGUGUGUUGCAUGUGUGCAUAUGAAUGUGUG